AUGUCCUACUACUUCACAAUCCUCUCCCCCACAGAUGCCCCGCUCUUCAAUCUCGCCUUCGGCACCUCCAAAGGCGGCGGAGAUGGCAUCGCCCGAUUCCGCUUCCCAGACACAGCCCAGUACAUGAACCAAUUCAUCAUCCACUCGAGUCUCGACAUCGUCGAGGAAGCCCAAUGGAUGAACGGCAACAUGUAUCUCAAGCACAUCGAUACCUACCCCCCAGCCUCAGCGUACAUCUCCGCCUUCCUCACCCCGUCCGGCACCCGCUUCCUGCUCCUCCACCAGCCGCCCCAGCUUCCAUCGGCAGGCAGCACGGGCUCCGGCUCCUCGCUGCUGGGCUCGUCCUUCUCCGUGGGCGGGGGCAGCUCCACGCGGGCCUCUAGCAGCUCGAUUGCGGCGAAUCCGACCGCGCCGCAGACCGAGGAGGCCGUGCGCCAGUUUAUGAACGAGGUGUAUGAGAAUUACAUCAAGACGGCGAUGAAUCCGUUCUAUCGACAGGGAAUGGAGAUCCGGAGUCCUGUGUUUCGGGCGAGGGUUGCUGCGGCUGGGAAGAAGUGGUUGUGA